AUGGAGCAGCAGCAGCAGCAGCAGCAGCAGCAGCAGCAGCAACAGCAGCAGCUGCUGCAGCAAGCCAUCGAUGAUAUACACUGCGCGGAGUUUGUGGCUGUAGACCUGGAGUUUACGGGUUCGCUGCUGGAGCAGCGUUGCCAGUUUACGGGUUUGCUGCUGGAGCAGCGUUGCCAGUUUACGGGUUUGCUGCUGGAGCAGCGUUGCCGAGCGGCUUCGCUGGAGAAGUAUUAUGCGGAUUGCCACAGAGCGGUGCAGCAGUUUCUCGCUCCUCAAGUGGGUAUUUGCUGUGCAAGGAGAGAUAAAGAAAACCCUCACCAAUGGAUACUGCAGCCCUACACCUUCGACGCUCAUCCGCCGGGGACGCAGCAUCUUCUCAGUCGAUCUGAAGGCCCUUCGCUUUCUCCAUAG